AUGUGGAUUUUGUGUGGUCAUACUUUAAAAAUUCUUGAUGUUAUGAAUAUCAAGGUACUUCCUGAGAAGUACAUUCUUAAGAGACGGACAAAAAAUGCAAAGAAUGAGAUUGUGCAAGACUUCAAUGGACAUGAAAUAAUAAUAGACACCAAUUUAAAAGUCACAAAUCGAUACAAAUCCUUGUGCCCCUUGUAUGUCAAGCUUAUCAGUCGAGCAGUUGAAUGUGAAGAAGGAUACAAAAUAGCAUUGGAAAACUAUACUGAGUUGAGCAAAAAGAUUGAAGAUGUCGUGAGAAGGAAAUCCGAUCUUUACCAAGUCGAUCAUUCUCUAGAAAAUCCAUUAGAUGAGACGACAAACAUAAGUGCUAUAGGCCUAAAAAAGAAGCAAGGUUGUAAGGGAAAGCGACGGUUCAAAAGUUGCAUUGAAGUGGCUAAAAAGAAGAAGAAAAAUAUCAACAAUCAUCCCCCACAAGCAAAUCAGUAUUUACAAGGCCAAUGUACAACUUCAUCUAUUCAUGGAGUUGAUAGUUCUAAUCCUUUAUCAUCCUGUCAUUCAGAUCAGGAUUUGUACACGCCUCAUUUUGCAAGUGCUAAUGACCCUUGUAGUCUUUACCCUACCUCACUACAUCAGGAUACCGAGAGUACAUCAAGUCUCCUUACAAGUUUGAACAUCCAUGACAGAACUCCUUGGGAUUUCUUCCCUAAUCUUUAG